AUGGGGAACAUAGCAGAAACUGACGAUAUCGAGGCUGUCUCACCAAGUCUCGACGCGCCCAGCGUUGAUGACAAGGCCAUCUCAACCUCGACUGUCAAUGAAGCUAAGCUGCUGCGCAAGAUCGAUUGGCGAGUGAUGCCGAUGCUUUUCGUGAUCUAUCUCGUUGCAUUUUUGGACAGAGUCAAUAUUUCUAAUGCGUUGACGCUUGGCAUCAAAACCGACUUAGAUCUUACCGGCAACAGAGCCAACACCGCUCUGGUGGUUUUCUAUGCUCCAUAUAUCCUGUUUGAGAUCCCCUCCAACCUUCUCCUCAAGAAAUUGAAUCCCCACGUGUGGCUGUCAGGAUGUAUUGUGGCCUUUGGAGUCGUCAUGUUAGGCCAGGCAUUUGUCAAGUCUUACGGCGGACUGAUCGCGACUCGCUUCUUUCUCGGUCUGGCCGAGGCUGGCGUCUUCCCGGGAAGUUUCUACUUGAUUAGUUUCUGGUACAAGCGUGAGGAAUCCCAGAAGCGAUUUACUAUCUACUGGUCAUCCGUCAUCCUCGCCGGUGCCUUCGGUGGUUUGUUGGCAACCGCAAUCUCGAAAAUGGACGGCAUGCGCGGCCUGGCAUCUUGGCAAUGGAUCUUCCUUUUGGAGGGCAUAGCCGCCAUUCUCGUUGGCAUUGCUGCCUUUUUCUUCACGUGUGACUUCCCCAGGGAAGCCUCUUGGUUGACACCGGAGGAGAAAGCUUUUGUCGUCGCCAAAACCAAGAGUGAUGAGUCGCACAAUGUUGCCAUUACUAAACAGGACUACAUCAACUAUUUCCUCGACCCGAAGGCCUACCUUGGAGCCGUCAUGUACUUCACUAACGAAAAGCCUCUAGCUAUCGUCGUCCCCAUCUACGCCUUUUCCUACUUCGCGGCUACUAUCAUCCAGACACUAGGAUAUUCGACUGUAGAAACCCAACUGCAUACUGUUCCACCUUUUGCCGCGACCUUUGUCUUUGCUAUCAUAUUGGCUGUAUGGUCUGAUCGCGCAAACAUUCGCUACCCUUUCAUUUUGUUCGGAGACAUUCUAAUUAUUAUUGGACUCGCUCUGCUUCUGACAAAGCACGGAAAGUCUAACUUUUCUGUGGAGUACCUCGGCAUCUUUUUCGUUACUAUGGGUUCAUUUGGUGCUGGCGCCGUGAUUGUUUGUUGGAUUUUAAUGAACAACCAUGGCCAUGCCGAACGUAGCAUCAGCUCCGGUUUCACCAUCGGCUUUGGCAAUGCGGGAGGUAUCGUAGCCGUUUUUGCAUUCUUGUCCAAGGAUGCUCCUUAUUACACAACCGGAUACUGGGUCUUAAUGUCCAUGACUAUCGUCGGUGUUGUGACAACCGUUUUGUACGCCUUUUGCGUUUGGAGAGAAAAGCGCAAAGCCCUUGCGAACGGCCAAGUUGCAAAGGCUAACUCCUUGUCGCUAUAA